GCUCGCUUGGUAACAGCUGAGUAGUUGUCCAAAGGUCGGACCAAUGGCCCCACCGGCUCCGACCACUGAUGGAAAGAUUCCCAAGACGACAGAGAAGCCCUUCAAACGAUCACGCAAAGUCGUCGUAGACGUGUCGUUGUGUCGGUAUGCGAUCAUCAAGCGGUGCUUGAAAGAUCGAGGAUUUCGACUUGUCCGGACGAAGAAGUCGGACGUCGAGUGGGACAUCUGGUGGAGCGAUCGCGGUGAGCUGCUCAAGGACGCGCGGCGCCUGAACGCAUUCCAGAAGGUCAACCACUUUCCCAGCAUGGAGGACAUUUGCCGCAAGGACUUUCUCGCCAACAACCUCAAUGCCAUGCGAAAACUCCUACCAGACGACUACGACUUCUUCCCUCGAUCGUUCUUGAUUCCAGCCGAGCGCAUGGAGCUACAACAGUGCAUGGAAGCCGACAAGCGUGGGGCGACCUACAUCGUCAAGCCGCGAACGCUGUGCCAAGGCAAAGGCAUCUCGUUGAUUCAAUCGUUUCAAAAGCUCUCCACCAAGGACCCAUGCGUUGUUCAAAAAUAUAUUCACAAUCCGCUGCUCAUUGACGGGUUCAAGUUCGAUCUGCGCAUCUAUGUGCUCGUGUACAGCGUCGACCCGCUCCACGUGUACAUAUUCCGCAAUGGCCUCGCCCGAUUCUGCACGACGCCAUUCGAAGCGCCGAAGCGAUCGAAUCUGCAUCAGACGCGCAUGCACUUGACGAAUUAUGCUAUCAACAAGAAGAGCAAAGACUUUGUUCGAUCCGCAGACGAGACCACGGGCAGCAAGAGGAGCCUGGCGUUCGUGAUGCAGCAUCUCCAGGAUGAUCAUGGCAUGGAUCCGAACGCAGUGUGGGCCGAUAUUUGCGAUGUCGUGCUCAAGACGCUCCUGGCCAUUCAACCGCGUCUGGCAGCGAGUUACCGUAACUUUUUUGGGGCCGAUGAGAUCAAGGGACGGCAGUGGGGUCCAGCGGCCUUUGAGAUCCUCGGGUUCGAUGUUAUGUUGGACGAGCGGGGCAAGGCGUGGAUGGUCGAGGUGAACCACGCGCCGAGUUUUGCAGGUGACUCGACUCUGGACAAGCAGAUCAAGACGCCACUCAUCGCCCAAGCGCUCGACAUCUUAGCAGUGACAAAUCUGUCCAAGCGGCAAUAUCAAUCUGUACGACAGCAUCACUGAUCGUUGCGAUUUGUGAAAUGCGAUUCCCCAUGGCCGAUCUGUGCCGUAGAAACAUCGAAAAGUGUGGAAGACCCGAUUAUGGAAUGCCACGAGUGCUGUCGCUGUCGCCAAAAAGGCGAAAGGAGACAUUCGCACGCCCACCUCUGGACUGGUAGAGCCUCCGCCUCCAGUUGUCGAGCCACAAGUAGUGGAGCUGACCGAAGAAGACGCAGUUGAUCCUGUCGACGACAAUGGAUCGGGGCUUAGCGAAGACGAAAACGAAAACGACUCUCCUGCGAAAGCAAAGUCAUCGAGCAACAAAAUUCAUCCCGACGAUUCGGCGCAAGACAACAACCAUGAAAAAGAGAUGGAUUCCUUUGGGAAUACGUACGAGCGCAUCUACCCGCCACCUGCAUCCAUGUCCCCUGCGCUCUCGGCCAAGUACGCUCGCAUCCUUGCCGCGGCCGAAACAAAUCGGUCGAAACUGUGGGGGUAAGAUUACCGCUCGUCCGGAUAAUGAACGCACUCGUCGGAUAAUGAACGUAUGAAAAAUACAUAGCAUUCGUCCGGA